CAGAAACACACGCAGCCUGUCUGGACACAUAACAUGUAGCUCCUCUGGAACAUCUUGUGAAAUAUUUUAUUCCUCUGAGGCUGAGGGGAAAAGUAAGCAGUGACAGGUUGAGUUUGUGCGGGGCGUCAGUGGUGCGUGAUGACCGUCACUUACACCGCCAGAGUGGCCAAUGCGCGCUUCUGCGGCUUCUCCAAACUGCUGCUGGCCUGGAAGGGAAGCAUCUAUAAAGUCCUGUACAAAGAGUUCCUGGCUUUCUUCGCCAUGUACACGGCAAUCAGCAUCACAUACAGAUUCUUCCUUGUGGACGAUCAGAAGAGAUACUUUGAAAAGCUUUCCAUUUAUUGCAACCACUAUGCCAGUCUCAUCCCAAUGUCCUUUGUAUUAGGGUUUUACGUCACAUUAAUAGUGAACCGCUGGUGGAAUCAGUACACCUCCAUCCCACUGCCGGACAGGAUCAUGUGCACGCUCUCUGGGGGCGUGCAGGGCGGGGACGAGCACGGAAGACUGCUGCGCCGCACGCUGAUGCGCUACGCCAGUCUCUCCGCGCUCCUGAUCUUGCGCUCCGUCAGCACAGCUGUGUUCAAGAGAUUCCCUACCAUGGAUCAUGUCGUUGAAGCAGGUUUUAUGACAAGAGAAGAGCGUAAGAAGUUCGAGAGUUUACAAUCACCCUAUAAUAAGUACUGGAUUCCAUGUGUGUGGUUCACUAACCUGGCCGCUGUCGCUCGCUGUGAGGGCAGAAUCAAAGAUGACAAUACUUAUAAACUUCUGUUGGAGGAGUUAAAUGAUUUUAGAGGGAAGUGCAGCAUGCUUUUUCACUAUGACAUGAUCAGCAUACCAUUGGUCUACACUCAGGUUGUGACUCUGGCGGUGUACAGUUUCUUCCUGGUGUGUCUGAUCGGUCGUCAGUUUCUGGACCCAGCUCAGGGUUAUCCCGGACACGAUCUUGACCUUUACGUUCCCAUCUUUACUCUUCUGCAGUUCUUUUUCUAUGCUGGCUGGUUAAAGGUGGCAGAGCAGCUCAUAAAUCCAUUUGGAGAGGAUGAUGAUGACUUUGAGACCAACUGGUUGAUAGAUAGAAAUUUCCAGGUGUCUAUGAUGGCGGUAGAUGAGAUGUAUGGAGAUUUGCCCAUGAUGGAGAGGGAUCGUUACUGGAAUGAUUCAAAUCCUCGUCCACCGUAUACAGCCGCUACGCUCUUCGUGCUGCGCAAACCCUCUUUCCAAGGAUCCACCUUCGACAUGGCAAUCCCCAAAGAGGAGAUGCAUUUCCAGCCUCUGGAGGAGAUCGCUGAGAACCUGGAAGAAUCCGCGAAACGGAAUCACAACCUCGCCCUCUUUAACCGGCUCCUGGGCUCCGCCCCCUCUCCCACAGGCUUUAUGGGCGGAGCCUUACGCCGCACCUCCGCCCAGCUGCAGCGUUUAACACGUUCGGUCAGCCCGGACCCGUCCUUCUCAGAUGCAGAGGAUGAGGAAGAGAAGAGCUUGGGGAGGAGCGCGGGGACGGCCGGAUCCAUGCCGUCAGGACUCGGGCUGGACAUCACCCAGAGCACCAUCUGCAGCUGUGGAGGACUCAUCAGCUCCUGUCCUCCACUGUCCGAUGCAGAAUUCCACAAGCAAGGUGAGAGAGAUGGAAUAGAAGAGAAAGAUGAGAAAAUGAUGGAAAAAGUGCCAAAAAUCCCACCACCCACAGCGCAGGCGUCCACAGGGAGGAGGAGUCCUCUUGCUGUGGGACAAGUCAAGUCUCAUUUCUGUUCCUCGAAUGAAAACCGCUCUGUACCUGACUUUUUUCAGCCUAUCAGUGACCCGGGAAAGGUCAUGACCUUGAAACAACAACCGACCAAUAGCAAAGCAGAAGCAGUGUGUUUACUGACUGUCCCAUCGCUUGAAGUCUCGACAUUUCCUGAGAAUUCAAAGAGAAAGCAGAUGCUGGCAGGUUCACAGUGGGUGGCCUCUAAUGGUCAAGUUCAAUGUCACUGUGCGGGUUUAGGGUCAGAGGUCACGGGGUCAGGAAGUAAGGUCAAAGAAUGACCAAAUACACUUGGAAUUUUUCUUUCCCACAUGAAGCAAUAUGAUCGUGUUUAUAUCAUUUUAUAUUAAUCCAUGCAAUCAGAAAAUGUGGAUGCUCUUGUCUAAAGAUUAUUUGACAUUUUUAUACUGUAUUUUUAGAUUCUUCUGAAAAUUAAAGGUAUGAUA